AAAGAACCCACCUUGUCCUCCGUUUCCCAAAUAUAUAUUCAACGACCAGUUGCUUAUGCAGUUUGCCUUUUUGCCAUCGUGCUAAGCAGCAGUGGAACCUACAGCUCACCCAUCUUAGUGCUCUCUGACGGGCCUUAGGCAAAUAUGACCUCUGCAAUUCUUUGUUGGUGACGACGUUAUUUACUGAACUACCCAUUCAUUAGGGCAAAAUGGGCUCUUGCCUGUCGCGGGAAGCAGUCCCACAGAACAAAGUCGUCCCUUUAUUUGAUGGGGAGAAGGACUACCUAGGCGAGCGAGGAUACACCAGAACGCUAAAGAGCAAGGGUGGAUUGGAACUCUUCGCGUAUUUCUGGCCGGCAGACCCGAAUGUGCCGCUUAAGGGAAUCGUCCAGUUGUCCCACGGGAAUACAACGCACAUCUGCUUUGACUACCUUAAAUUCCAGGCCAACGGCCUUCCCAACCUGUACACCGGCUCCUGGGUCGCCGCCCUCAACGCGGCUGGCUUCGCGGUGUGCGGGGCUGACCACAUGGGCUGCGGGCGCUCGGGCGGCGAGCGCUCCGCCAUCAGCCGCUUCCAGCAGCACGUGGACAACCUGGUGCUGCUGGCGGACUAUGUUCGCGACUGCGGCGGCUCGGCCUUCCCCCGCGGCCUGCCGUACUUCCUGAUGGGCCACAGCAUGGGCGGCCUGGUGGCUACACUGGCCUCCGUACAGCAGCCCGACCGGUUCGCUGGGCUGGUGCUGCUGGCUCCCAUGCUCUCGCUGGAGCACGUGUCGCGCCGCAACAGCGGGCUGCGGCCGGUGAUCAAGGUGGUGAGUGCGGUGGCGCCGGCGACCAAGGUGGGCAGCAGCGGAGGCAGCGACACGCGGCCGGGCGGCUGGAUACAUGACGCCUGGGAGGCAGACAAGCACGUGCACAACGGCCCCAUGCUGGCUCGCACGGUGGAGGAGUUCCUGUCCGCCACGGAGGCGCUGUGUGCGCCGGGCGGCAUGGAGGCGGUCACGGUGCCGCUGCUGGUGUUCCAGUCGCGCAGGGACACGCAUGUGGAGCCGGAGGGAGCGCGGCAGCUGCAUGACAGGGCGGCGUCCAAGGACAAGCAGCUGCAUGAGCUGACGGAGCAGUGGCACGUGCUGACCAAGGAGGAGGGCUGGGAGGGGCUGUUGGAGACGACACUGUCCUGGCUGAAGGCGCGGUCGGGCAGGUCGGGCGGGCUGACGAGCGG